AUGUUUGUUGAAUUAUUUCAUCACGCAAACACACUAAACCUUAAUCAACUUAUUUUACAUAUUCUCCUUAUUUUUGACUCUUACUUUGGAUUCCAUCGUUUUCCCUUUGCUGAUUGUGUGUCUAUUGGUUGUUCGAAAAGGAACAAUUUAAAUAGUGAUAUUUUGUAUUUUAUUGGCCCUACGGUUAACAAAUUAAGUAAAUCUGGAGGAUUGUAUGCAAUUAACGGUAUAAACGGGAAUAAAUCCAAUAAAAAAGUAAGGUUCCCAUUCGACCAGGAUGUUCCUCUAUCUGAUGUGCCAAUUCCUCCAUGGGCAAUUGAGUUUGUUAACAAGCGGAAGGAGGAGCCUUAUGUUCCCCGUCACCUGACGCAGAAGGAAAUCGAAUCUGGAAUAGAGGAAUACAACGUUGAGGCAAGGAGGCAGUCCGAAACAAAGCACAUAAAGGAGUCACCAUGCAUUAAAUUGAAAAGCUACGGCUUCAAGUUUAAACAAAUUCAGCCCAUUCGGCAUCACAAUGGGAAGGCGUUCACGUUCUUCUACGUACACUCACUGCACACGGACGUCAUCCCGGUUUUUCUCAACAGCCUGAGGAGGGUGGCGAGGAGGUACCUGGGCGCCGGGAGGAUAACUGCCCUGCGGAUCCCGGGAAUGCACAACGAGUUCUUCUCAGUCAUGGGCCUCCGGGAGGACUUCUUCGACCUCGCGAAGAACCUGAGGGGCGUCAUCCUCAGGAACGUGCCAGAAUCGGCCACCUUCAACAAUCCAAUCAUCGCAACGCUGAGGGUCAAGGGGCCCAUUAUCGCAGUGGCAGGCCACCUGAAAUUCAAGGACAAAUCAAGCAAACCCGGCGAAGCCAACAGUGAAGCUGACGGGACAGACAAAAAUGACAAACCUGACGAGAAAAGUGACGUCAGCAUUCAGCACCAAAUCCAGGAGGAGGUCAUAAUGAACAGGCCCUAUUCUGAGAAGAUUGAGGUGGUAAACAAAAACCACUACUUGUGUUCCGUGUCCAACGGCUCCUACCUCACCAUGGACGUCAAGAUUGAGCAUAUCGCAAACUACGUGAUCCCUGAGUACGGCCCCGAGUCUCUGAACCGGGACAUAACUGAGGACGGGUUCAUCCACUUCUGCUCCAGCUGCAACCCCGUGGAGGUGUUUGCGUUCAGCGGGGAGAGGCGCGGCCUCGAUGAGAACAGCACCAGCGAGAUUGUCACUCUGGAAGUGCACACUGACGGCUCAACCACUCCCAGGGUCGGCCUUCUCAGGAGUGCCACGUUCCUCCUCAACUGGUUUGAGAGGACUCUCUUCGCUCUCAGGACCAGACUCUCCAGGGACCUCUAUGCAGCCAGACGCGAAAACAGGGACAACACCUCCAUGUUGAUGCAGAACUACGACACUCGCAACGUCCCCUGGAACCCCUACUUAUCCCCUGAAGAUCGUGUCACCAACAGGGUAAAGUGGUUUUACAGAAAGGAUGUCUUACGACAGUAUCCCAUCGACCCUGAGUCCAAGUUGGCCAAGCAGGAGCAGCUCAAGGAGUGGGAGCGCGUUUUAGAGGACCAGAUCAUCUACGAGCAGAACAUUCCUCCCGUGCUGAGCGACGAGGAGCCCGAUCCUGAGGAGAACCUUCUCCUCAAAAGGAAACGCGAGCAGAGGGAAAAGGACGAGAAUCCUCCCAGCUGGGUUUUCAAGGAUCCUGUUGGUCCCGGCAACGUCAGUCAGCAGACUGUGCUCGGUUCCGACAAUGACCCGCCUCUUUUCGACCCUGAGAGCCUAUCUCACUAA